AUGGCCUCGCCUCCGAGCACUCCCCAGCGCAUCCCUCGCGCCCAGCGACCAUACCCAAAUGUCGACCUCGAAGAAGAAAACCUUGAUCCAGACAUCUUCGCCCAGUCGCCGCUCCUCCUAACACCCCAUCGCAACCCCCGUUACCCACGAGUCAACCCCUCCAGCUUCAACACCAGCCCUAGCAAAAGCACUCCUGACACCACCCGCAUCCGACCCCUGGACAUCAACCUAAUCAACGACUUCUUCCCUCCAAAGCGCACUGUCAAGAUCUUCAAAGACGUCCACGAUCCGUACACUGACUCCCUCACCGCUCGCUACCGCUCUCCCGCGCAGCAAUUCGCUAUCAACACUUACGCUUCCAUUGUGCGUGCGUUGGAACUGGAAGACCACACCGCGCGCCAAAUCCUACCUAGUUGCGCACCACCAGAUCACCUCGUGCCAGGCCCGCCGGAGACUUUGGCAGCCAGGAAGGCGGGUUGGGCGGAGGCAGUGCUGAGAAGAACACACGAGGGUCUCGAAGAGGAAGCGGCUGCGGUCUGGCGAGCGAGAGCGUUGAAAGCGGUCAGACGAGUCGUGCUGGAGCGGUGGAGAGAUGGCUUGGCUGUUCCGGCGUGGUUGGUUCCUGCUGAGGGUUCGAGAGUGGAGUACGAUGGUAGCAAUGAUGAUGAGAGGACGAAGUGGGAGUUGUCCAUUGCGAGUGCGUUGUUGGUGAGGUUGUUUGGAUUUGGGGUCAUGGUGACGCCUGCUGAUGGUAGCGUGCCGUUUAUCAUGCCUCAGGCUUUGGUCGUGGGUGCGAGGAGGACGCAGGCGGUCGAAGCUCCUCGGGUCUUGCCUCAGGCGUUGGUGGUGGGCACGAGGACGAGGCAGGAGUUUGAAGCGGCGAGUACGGGGCAGAGAGCAGAGGCGAGAGUGGGCAGGGCUGGAGCAGAAGAGAUCAUGGUCGGACGAAUCGACGGGCGGGCGUACGCUGUGGGUUCGACUGUAGGCUGGCGUCGAUGCCGCUAG